AUGGCCUUGAAUAUUCAAAGUAGCUCUUUAGUCUGUCCCAGAUGUAGGAUGGAGUUCCCAAGAAAUACUGAAAUUCGGCUAUUUGCCGAACAUUUGAUUUCCUGUUUGAGGCACUCCCGAGGAGAAAGCCAGCAAUAUAAAGUUCUCAAUAUCCAGAUCUCAAAAGAUCUGCCAUAUGAGACCAAGGCAAAAUGGCUCCAAAAUGAAUUUAAUAAAAUUCGAAUCCCAUGGCAGACAGAAAGUGUGAAAUUCACUAUAAAUAGGGAGGAUUUUAUACAGUCCUCAAUGGCUCAAGUAUUGUUUUCCCCAGCUGAAGAUUUGCAUAAGGAAUUUCAAAUUAGUUUUGAAGGAGAAAAUGGAAUGGAUGCAGGCGGGAUUUUUAGGGAAUGAAUAACACUAUUGAUGAAGGAUUUAUUUGCUGAAGACUUAGGGCUGUUUGUUAAAGCCCCAAGCUCAAUUACUAGCUAUACUUUUCCAAACCAUUUUUCAGAUGCCAAUAUAUCAAGCUACAUAUUUGCUGGAAAACUUAUGGGGAAAGCCCUAUUUGAGAAUAUUCCCAUAAAUUGCCCCUUGUCACAGGUUAUCUAUAAGCACAUCAUAGGUGAUAAAAUUGAGCUGAAAGAUUUGAAUUUCCUAGAUUCUGAGGUAUCCUCUAUUUAGCUUUAUAAUUCAUUACUAUAUAUGCAAAAUAACAACCUCGAGGAUGAAAUUUAUUCGAAUUUUGAGGUAGAAAAAAAUAUGAAUGGGAAAAUGGUCAAAAUUUUGUUAAAAAAACGUGGUGAUAAAAUAAUGAUAAAUGAAGAAAAUAAAGAAGAAUAUAUAAAAAAAAGGUUAAAAUUCGAGACAUAUGGGAUAAUGAAAGAACAUUUAAAUUUAUUGCUGCAAGGAUUUUACUCUGUAGUACCGAAACCGCUGGUUUGCCAUUUUACUUCUGAAGAGCUUGAGCUUGCCAUGUGUGGACUUCCAUUUAUUGAUAUAGAUGACUGGCAGGCAUAUACAGAAUAUAGAGGAGAGUAUACUAGAAACCACCAAGUCAUUCAAUGAUUUUGGGAGGUCCUGGAAAAUCUUAGCCAUGAACAGCUUAUGAAUCUUUUACUGUUUGUAACAGGAUCUCCACGACUCCCAGUUGAAGGUUUUGGCUCAUUGAGGACAAUGAGAGGAGAUAUGGCAAGGUUUACAAUUGAGCCAACUCCUUAUAACCAGUCCAAUAUUUAUCCAAGAUCCCAUACUUGCUUCAAUAGGCUAGACCUUCCGUUAUAUCCUUCUAAAAAAGCACUUAAAAAGUCUUUGAAGUUUGUUAUCAAUAACCAUGCCUUUGGUUUUGGAAUUGAGUAG